AUGUCGCUGCUUCAAGACAUUGUUGUGAUAAUCACCGGUAGCGCCUCUGGAAUUGGACUGGCAACAGCCACAGCAGCUCUAAGCCAAGGGGCGAGAAUUCUAGGUGUUGAUGUCUCAUCAGCACCUGUCUCACUCAAUGAACAUCCAAAUUACAAAUUCAUGCAAGGUGAUCUCACCCAUGAGACGACACCAAGGCAGGUGGUAGAGACCUGUAUCAAAGAGUUUGGUGGACGAAUCGAUGGUCUGCUCAACAUUGCUGGUAUCAUGGACCAGAAUUCCAGCGUUGAUAGUCUCUCAGAUUAUAUGUGGGAACGAUGCAUUGCAGUCAAUUUGACAGCUCCAGUGAAGCUCAUGCGUGAGGUUAUUCCUAUUAUGCGACAGCAACAGAGUGGUAGUAUUGUCAACGUCGGCAGCAAGGCAGCUACGAGUGGUGCUUCGUCCGGCGUUGCUUACACAGCUAGUAAACAUGGGCUGAUGGGCGCAACCAAAAAUGUUGCAUGGAGGUACAAACAAGAGGGAAUUCGCUGCAAUGCCGUUUGUCCCGGGGGAGUUCCAACCGGUAUAGUACAGGCCUCUGACCCAAGCACUUGGGACAAGGAUGCACUAGGAACAAUGUCUCUAAUUCACCAGGCACAUGCUGCUGAUAGGCAGAAAGGACUGGGGGUUGAGGCUGAGGAUAUUGCCGACUGUCUUCUAUUCCUGAUCUCUAGUCAGAGCAAGAGAAUUAACGGGGCAAUCAUUCCCAUCGACAACGCCUGGUCUGUGAUCUAA